AUGGAUGCCACGACGACUCUCGGCCUUGGUCUCGUAUACAUGCCAACUGGUGCAAUGCUUCCCAACAUGACCAGCAGUGUCUUUGCCCAGGCAGAUACCGCCACAGGACUUGCAGCAACAAAUUCUCUCUACAAUGCCAAUUUGCUGUCACCAGAUCUUGUCAAACGAUCUGGCCAGGAUGUCUGGGGCAACUUGAAGGUCCCUAACUGGAGGACUGUCAGUAUGGUGGAACCAUCUAAUAAAGAUGGAUGGAGAACUGUACCCCCUGUGUCAUCACCAGACAACUAUACGUCUCUUGCUGGUUUGCCAAUCUCCGGUCUCGUCAACAAGGCUGGAAUAGUUCAGGAUUCCGAUUUCCAAGACUCGUACAUGGAAUUGGACUGCCCUUUGUUACUGAAUGUGUCUAAGAAUGAUAGAUUCUGGAUAGAUGAUCUUGGACUUGUCUGGUCUGCCAGUAAUGGGUCAUCUGCGUUUCACAACAAGGUUUCUGGAACACAGACUUCCUUCUUCCUGGACACGAACACUCCAACGAACGUUGAUCGUCAAACCACUCUAUUCUGUGAUCAAAACUCAACAACACUCGGCAUGGAGUCCCUACAACACCCACGUAAUAUCCUGUAUGGCUCUAUGUAUGAGGUUCCAGAUAGCACCGAUCCAAGAGGUGUAUUUGCACUAGCACUCCGAAACUGUACGGUACAACAGAGAUAUAUCGAAGCACGUGCGCGCUGUACAGACGAUGGCUGUGCAGUCGUUGCACUACGUCCAUCCACCAGAUAUGCAAACAUGAAUCCGUAUCUGACGCGCCUGGAGGACCCUGCAAUCGCAUUCAAUCUCAUGAAGAACAUGCCCUUAGCGACUGGAAGUUUUCGAGUCGGUGAUUCUGCACCAACAGAACUCUACAUCCGCGGCUCGGAAAUGCCUUUUGGCAGAGCGAGUUCAGAUCAGCCUCAAAUUUUGAAUAUCACCACUGACAUGUUCCAAUCCAAACUUCAGCUACUCCUCAAUACGUAUCACCAGCUGUCGAUGGCACCUCUGGCUUAUACAGCGGCUUUGCCUAGUCCCUCUAAUGACAUCUGGAACCUUUUGGCANNGUCUUCGACUCUAGUGGUGGUGCUGACAAAAGCUACCCUUGUCCCCUUGCGUUCGAACACGACAAUCACAACCAUGGUCGAGGUGUAUCACUGUACUUAUCUUUGGUUUGCGUUGCUCCUGUCAUCAUCAGUUGUCCUCAUCAUGCUUGGGGCUGUUGGCUCCGCCAUCAGUCAUCUAUGCCACGCACCCGACAUGAUAGGCUACGUCUCAAGUUUCACAUACAACAACCCUUACAUGCAAGUUCCUACUGGUGGAGCGUGUCUAAGUGCUAUGGAUCGGGCUCGCCUUCUCCGAGAUAUGACGGUGAAGAUUGGGGACGCGGCAUCAGAGGAUGAUGUUGGACAUAUUGUAUUUGGGACUGUCGAUCGCUCCAAUACUGUUGGGGAUUUGGAUACAGCAAAGUUAUACAGAUGA